UCACAACCCUGCACACAUCGAGAUUUGCCCCUUUGAAUCCCCCCACUGGAUGCUUUCCGGGCCACUGAAAGGAGCACGGGAGAAGAAGCGCCAAGCCAAAGCAAAAAUUUCGCCAUGAGUCCACCACGACUUGAACCAGCAGCGGCCGCGCCGCUCUAAUCGGAACUCCGAUAAGACGCCGCCGCUUCCCCCGCUGAGCGCCUGAAUCCGCCGCGCUCGCCCUGCUCGCGGCCACUAGUUUCCGUUGCGGGACUAGGGUUCGGAGAGGCGGCGGGGGGCUAGGGUUUCGGCGGGAUGAGCUACCGCAAGGGGUCGAAGGUGUGGGUGGAGGAGAAGGGGGAGGGGUGGGUGGAGGCGGAGGUGACGGAGGCGAAGGAGCGCGCCGUCCUCGUGCUCACGAGCCAGCGGAAGAAGAUUACAGUUUCGCCAGAGAAAUUAUUGCCCAGGGAUACAGAUGAAGAUCUGGGUGGGGGUCAUGUCGACGACAUGACCAAACUGACGUAUCUGAAUGAACCAGGUGUUCUUUACAAUCUGAAGAAAAGAUAUGCACUGAAUGAGAUAUAUACGUACACCGGAAGCAUCUUGAUUGCUGUUAAUCCUUUCACGAGGCUACCUCACCUGUACAACGAGUACAUGAUGGAGCAAUAUAAGGGUGUCCGAUUGGGGGAGUUGAGUCCACAUGUUUUUGCAGUAGCUGAUGCAUCGUACAGGGCUAUGGUGAAUGAAUCCCGAAGCCAGUCCAUCCUUGUUAGUGGUGAAAGUGGUGCUGGCAAAACUGAAACGACUAAGCUUAUUAUGCAGUAUCUCACCUUUGUUGGUGGUAGAGCUGCUCUUGAUGAUCGAACAGUCGAACAACAGGUUCUAGAAUCCAACCCUCUUUUGGAGGCAUUUGGCAACGCGAAAACAAUACGGAAUGACAACUCAAGCCGAUUUGGAAAAUUCGUGGAGAUACAGUUUGAUGCAAGUGGUAGGAUAUCUGGAGCAGCUAUUAGGACCUAUCUUUUGGAAAGGUCCCGUGUUGUGCAAAUUACUGAUCCUGAAAGGAAUUUUCAUUGCUUCUACCAAUUGUGUGCUUCUGGAAAGGAUGCAGAGCUGUACAAGCUUGGGCAUGCAAGCCAUUUUCAUUACUUGAACCAAAGCAAGACUUAUGAUUUGGAAGGGACAAACAAUGAAGACGAGUACUGGAAGACGAAAAGAGCAAUGGACAUUGUUGGGAUUAGCAGAAAAGAUCAGGAUGCUAUAUUUCGGACAUUGGCAGCCAUUCUUCAUCUUGGCAAUAUUGAGUUUGCUCCAGGAAAAGAUUCUGAUUCGUCAAAAAUUAAGGAUUCAACUUCACAUUUUCACCUCCAAACAGCAGCUAACUUAUUUAUGUGCGACGCAGAUUUAUUGGUCUCAACAUUGUGUAGUCGGUCUAUACAUACUCGUGAAGGAAUAAUUAUUAAAGCAUUAGACUGUGCUGCUGCCGCAGCUAAUCGUGAUGCUCUAGCGAAGACUGUAUAUGCCAGAUUAUUUGACUGGCUUGUCGAGAAUAUUAAUAAGUCAAUUGGUCAAGAUGUUGAUUCCAAGGUACAAAUUGGUGUCUUGGAUAUCUACGGCUUUGAAAGCUUCAAAAACAACAGCUUUGAGCAGUUCUGCAUUAACUUUGCAAAUGAAAAACUACAGCAACACUUUAAUGAGCAUGUAUUCAAGAUGGAACAGGAGGAGUACAAAAGUGAGGAAAUUAAUUGGAGUUACAUUGAGUUCAUUGACAACCAGGAUGUGCUGGAUUUGAUUGAAAAGAAACCGAUUGGAAUUAUUGCACUGCUGGAUGAAGCUUGCAUGUUUCCAAAAUCUACUCAUGAGACCUUCGCAACAAAGAUGUUCAGAAACUUCUCUUCCCAUCCUAGGCUUGAGAAGACAAAAUUCUCAGAAACAGAUUUUACCAUCUCACACUAUGCUGGGAAGGUUACAUAUCAAACUGAUUCUUUUCUGGAAAAGAAUCGAGAUUAUAUUGUUGCAGAGCACUGCAAUCUUCUAUCAUCUUCAAGGUGCCCAUUUGUUUCUGGACUUUUCACUUCAUUGCCGGAAGAAUCUAUAAGAUCCUCCUACAAGUUUUCGUCUGUUGCUUCCAGAUUUAAGCUGCAACUCCAAGCCCUCAUGGAAACCCUAAACUCAACGGAACCUCACUAUAUACGCUGUGUGAAGCCUAACUCUGCUAAUCGACCUCAGCUUUUUGAAAAUCAAAGCGUCUUGCAUCAACUGCGUUGUGGAGGUGUCUUAGAGGCUGUCCGUAUUAGUCUUGCUGGCUAUCCUACCAGAAGGACUUACGCUGAAUUUGUUGAUCGGUUUGCUGUUCUAGUUCCAGAGUUGAUGAUUGGAAGUUAUGACGAAAGAACGCUGACAAAGGGAAUUCUCGAAAAGAUGAAGCUUGAUAAUUUUCAACUUGGUAGAACGAAGGUAUUCCUUAGGGCUGGUCAAAUUGCCAUAUUAGAUCUGUGUCGUGCUGAGGUUUUGGAAAAUGCUGCGCGGCACAUUCAAGGCCGUUUCAGAACAUUUGUCGCACGAAAAGAAUUCGUGAAAACAAGGGAGGCAUCAAUUUCUGUACAAGCAUAUUGCAGAGGCUGUUUGGCAAGGAAGAUGUAUGCGAUCAGACGAGAAACAGCUGCAGCUGUAAUUGUUCAGAAGUAUGUCCGAAGAUGGCUGCUACGCCGAGCUCACCUGCAAGCAUGUUUGGCAGCUUUGCUUAUUCAGUCUUAUGUUCGAGGGUGUAUCACUCGCCGCUAUUUCUCAGCCAUUAGGGAGCAUAAGGCUGCCACAGUGAUACAGUCUACAUGGAGAAGGCGGAAGGUUGUAAUGCUUUUCCAGCAUUACAGGCAAGCCACAGUGGCAAUUCAGUGUGCUUGGAGACAAAAGCUUGCAAGAAGGGAGCUACGGAGACUUAAAAUGGCUGCAAAUGAAGCUGGCGCGUUGCGUGAGGCAAAGAAUAAGCUUGAGAAAAAGAUGGACGAUCUUGCUUUAAGACUUACCCUUGAAAGGAGACUGCGGGCUGCCAGUGAAGAGUCAAAGUCAUCAGAAAUAUUGAAGCGUGACAAAAUAAUUGAAUCAUUAAGCGCAGAAUGUGCUGCUGCUAAGUCAGCUGCCCAAAUUGAACAUGACAAAAAUUUGUUGCUCCAGAGGCAGUUGGACGAUUCUUUGAGAGAGAUCACGCUGUUGCAGAGUAAAAGAAUUAUGACCACAGAAGCAGAAAAAGAAAACUCCAACCUAAAGAAUUUAGUCGAAUCAUUAUCUGUGAAAAACUCAAUACUGGAGAAAGAACUUAAUGUGGCUCGUAAAAGUAGUGAUGAUACAAUGGAGAAAUUGAAGGAUGUGGAGGGAAAAUGCAACCAUCUACAGCAAAAUUUGGACAAAUUGCAGGAGAAACUCACUAAUUUGGAAAACGAAAAUCAUGUCCUAAGACAGAAGGCAUUUAAUACACCAACAAUGAACAAUCUAGUUGUAGCUCCAAAGACAUUAUCUGAGAAAUUUGCUGCAUCAACCGGGCUUCCCAAGUGUGAGUCGAAGAGUACAUUUGAAAGCCCAACACCAACAAAAUAUCUGGCUCCUCUUACACAGACUUUGACUGGAUCGCGGAGAUCAAGGUUGCCUGUUGAAAGGCAUGAGGAAAAUCAUGAAAUUUUGUUAAGAUGCAUCAAAGAAAAUUUAGGCUUUAAAGAUGGCAAACCAGUUGCAGCCUGCAUCAUUUACAAAUGCCUUUUACACUGGCGUGCUUUUGAAUCAGAGAGGACUGCUAUAUUUGAUCAUGUAAUUGAGGCCAUAAAUGAUGUCGUAAAGGGGGAGGAAGCUGAUGGGAGAUUACCUUAUUGGUUGUCCAAUACUUCUGCAUUGCUAUGCCUUCUGCAGAGGAAUCUGCGGUCAAAUGGAUUAUUUGCUACACCAUCUCGUCGGUCUGGAGCUCUAGGGCUAGGCGGGAAGCUAGUGCAAACGCUGAGGUCUCCUUCAAAGCUUGUAGGCCGCAGUGAUUCUCUGCCACAAGUGGAUGCGCGGUAUCCAGCCAUACUAUUCAAACAGCAGCUUACUGCAUGUGUCGAAAAGAUCUUUGGGCAGCUCAGAGAUAAUCUGAAAAAGGAAAUAUCACCUCUUCUUAAUGUUUGCAUCCAGGCUCCAAAGUCAACACGUGGGCAACCUGGAAAAGCAUCCAAGUCACCUGGGGUUGGUGCCCAGCCGGCAUCAAAUUCUAACUGGGACAACAUUGUCAAUUUCCUUGACUUGCUUAUGGAUUCAUUGCGAGAAAAUUAUGUGCCAUCCUUCUUUAUUCGUAAACUUAUCACACAAUUAUUCUCAUUCAUCAAUAUACAAUUGUUUAACAGUCUUCUUCUCCGGCGUGAAUGUUGUACAUUCUCCAAUGGGGAAUACGUGAAAGCUGGGCUAUCCUUGUUGGAGAAAUGGAUUACUGAUGUCACAGAGGAGUUUGCGGGGACAUCUUGGCAUGAGCUAAAUUAUAUCAGACAAGCUGUUGGUUUUUUGGUUAUACACCAAAAAAGAAAAAAGACACUUGAGGAGAUCAGACAAGAUCUUUGCCCGUCCUUGAGUGUUCGCCAAAUCUACAGGAUAUGCUCGAUGUACUGGGAUGACAAAUACAAUACCCAAGGCAUAUCAAACGAGGUGGUUGCUGCAAUGCGGGAGAUGGUCAACAAGGAUACCCAGAAUCUUGUGUCAAAUUCUUUUUUGUUGGAUGAUGACUUAAGUGUACCAUUCUCUACCGAGGAUCUGUCCAUGGCUAUCCCGGCAAUGGAUUAUGCUGACGUCGAUCUUCCAGAAUCUCUUCAGCACUAUACAACAGUACAGUUUCUACUCAGACAGCAGGACCCACAGCCUGUCCAAUAGAAUGAAUCACUGCGUUCGGCUGGUCUCUAGCCUCCAGCUCCUACAGUAUUUCUCUCUCACAUCACUCCAACUCCAGCCUCCAGCCACCAGUCAAGUCACAGUAUUUUUAUCUCACAUCACUCCAGCUCCAGCCUCCAGCUCCAGCCUGCCGAACACGGUGAUUUGUUGGUAAGGCUGCCUUGAAGAUUUGUUGGUCCCUAGGUUUUUAUGGGGUUACAUCCAUCUGCGAUGUUGUAUUGUUGUUUAGGUGCCUUGACAGGCUAAGGGGAGUGGAUUUUUUCUAAGUUAUUAAAAGCAACAAUUGUUGCGAGAUGCCAAAUUAUGGGCUUCCACUCCUCUUAGCUAUAUAGUUUUUUUUAAUGGCUCUUAGCUAUAUAGUUCGUUGUACAGGGAUUGUUGUAAGAACUGUUCGCACUGGCCCAAAAUGAGUACAUCCGGAAAAUUGAGCAGUGCGCA